AUGUUGAGAAUUCUGCUGCCGCUGCUGGCACUUUGUGCCCUGGCCAAUGCCCAGUGUCGAUUUAGCAGGCAACAGGUGGAGCAGACCACCCGCAUUUUCAUGCAGCGUGCCGCGAAUGGCCAGCUCUCGCUCAAGCGGACGGCCAGUUCGUCAGUUGGCGAGGUCCUGCAGAUGUUCUGCACUCCGCAGGACAUUGUGGCCACCACCUGUCGUCCGGGUCAGACACGUCCGAACCGGCCGCCGGCCUUUCAGCCCGCGUUGCCCAUGACUUGCCGAGCUCCUCCUGCGGCCUUGACCACGCCCGUCCAGGAUCGCAACUGUCCGGCCACAAUGUUCCGCGUGGGCUACAACGCGGGCAACAACCAGUUCCUGGAGCUCUACCGCGCCUGCUUCGACACCAGAGCCGUUAAAGCCAUCUUCGUGGAGCACCGAGUCUACGCCAAACCCUUCUAUGCCGCGCGGCCUUGUGUGCAGUUCAGUUCCGAUGGAGUGAUCAGUGGAGCCGAUGAGGCCAGUUAUACAACUCGCAACAUUUACGGCACCUUCCGACGGCUGUUUGGUAAUCAACAGAACUACAUACCCAACAAUCGGGACACGGUCAUCAAUCGAGGUCACUUGGCCGCCUCGGCGGACUUCUUCUUCGGCGACCAGAUGUGCGCCACCUUCAAGUAUGUGAACGCAGUGCCGCAGUUCAAGAGCAUCAACGAUGGCAACUGGGAGGCGAUCGAGCGCUGGGUGCGCAACUCGGUGACCGGAAACGCGUUCGUGAAUGUGCGGACAGGAGCCAGGGAUGUCCUCUCUUUACCCUCACCCCCUGGAUUGCCCUCGGGCUCUGGACCCAAGAACGUCUUCCUCAGCAACAACAAGAACCCGGUGCCCAUGUGGAUGUACAAGAUAGUGAGGAACGCGAACAACCAGCCCACCGUGGCCUUCCUCACCCUCAACAAUAUAUUCGCCCGUCAACGUCCAGGGGCUCCCAACUUCUGCCAACCCGUUAACUGCCCAGUUAACUUGGCCAACACAGCGCAGGCUGGAUUUACCUUCUGCUGCAAUCCCGCUUCUUUCAGACCCUAA